AUAUAGCAAAAGAUGCAUUUCUUAAGAAUAACAUAAAAAGUGUGAAUUUAAUUAUAUACAUUCUUUAAAUUAUGUCAGGAGGCCUCAUAGAUAAAGUUUACAUAGGCUUGGACAACGCGCCAGCCGCAUUUGAUAUAAAAAGCCGUUUGCUAGGACCAAAUGGCACCAACUUAGAGUACAUUCGAUCGGAGACAGGUGUUGUAGCUGUUUUAAAAAGUGACAAAUUCGAGCCAUUGCAUUUGGCACUUCAUCACACUAGAUCAGAAGCUCUUGCGGCAGCGCGGUCAUUGGCCCAAAAUUUAAUAGAGACUAUACGAGCAGAGCUAGCACAGUGGAGUGCAGCACAGGCUGGAGGGCCCCCACCGGCCUUGAAUGUUCCACCCCCAACAUUGACUACGACAGCUGCUCCGCCACCUAUUCCACCGCCUGCUGCUACUGUAUCACUAUCAACCCCUUCGUCAUUAGCAACUAGUGCACACUCAACUGUCAUCCCUCCAGUUGUUAGUAUGGCCCCGGCAAGUACACCUCUUAUGACUGUUCGCCAACCCACAGUUUUACAGCUCCUACCGCAACAGCAGUAUGUAUUAAAUCAGGAAAAUGGUCAGUUAAUUCCUAUUGUACAACCUGGAAUGCAAGUUUCAAAUACUAAUUUUACCUCACUGCCGAUUGCUCAGCAGUUAAAUACAAUUCAACAACCAAAUUUUGGGCACACACAAAUUGUGGACAUUUCCAAUAUGCAGCCAGUGAAUGUGACUCAAUUAAGACUUAGUGGUGUUCCUUCAUCUAUGUCUAUGAUAUUACCAAAUGGACUUACAUUUCCUCAAGCAAGCUUAGCUACAGGAGACUCUACCACUGUGAGCUCAGCUACAUCAACACCAGUUGUGUGUGCUGCGCAAAGUACAAGUUCUCAGAAAAUAUUGUAUAGUACAGACAAAGGUGACAAAGAAGUAAAGUAUCACAUACAAGGAGCUGAUACAGUGCAAUGGACUGUACCUGGAUCACAGACCAUGCUCAUUCCAUAUCAACAAUUUCAGGAACUAACUUCAAAUCAAGCAGGGCUAACAAAUUUACAACCUCAACAAUUUGUUUCAAUAGCUCCAGCAAGUGGUUUUCAACAAACAUCCCUUCCAUUAUCAGCAACACAGUUGCACCAAUUGCAAACAACUGGUACUAUAAUGCAAUUUAAUCAAAAGCCCAUAGUAAGCAGUGCCUCUCUAAUAAAUAUUAUUUCGACUGGACAAGCGUCUUCUCCACAAAUUAUAUCUAACUCAUCAACACCUACAAAAAACUUAAAUCAGGAAUCUCGGGGACAAAAGAGACUUUCUGAUGGUACUCCUAGUCAAUUGCAAUUGAGACCUAUUGCACCUGCAGGGUCCCAUGUAAGCCAGGACAAGAGUUCAACGAGAGACUCGCGAUCCUGGACCAACACAGCAGUGUCUCCGCAUCGGGAAUUGCACAAGAUGGCACCGGCAUGUACAUAAAGCAAAUAGACCGCAACGCUAUUCAGAUACAGGCAUCGAAAGACGGCCAAAAACAAGAUCUCUCAUCAAACAAAAUGCAAAGCACUGCACAAAACGUUCAAAUGAUAACCGUGCCCCAGGGCAUGACUGUGCUACAAAAUCCAUUAAACCUUGGUCAAAUGUCGACCGUCAUCGGGCAACCGAAUAGCCAGGUCUAUAUGAUUCCUGCAAAUCAUCCGAAUUUAGUCCAGGGAUCGUUGCCUCCAGGCUUAAUUGGGCAGCAGAUGCUGCAGCCAGGGCAAAACGUCACAGUGAUGCAGCAUAAUCAACUCGGCAUGCCGGGUGGAGUACAAUACAACGUGCCAUUGAUGCCAAUGAACAUGCCACCGAAUUCGCACUACAUGCCGACUGGCAUUAAUUUGAAUACGCAGCUAUCAGCUCAGCAGUUGAACGCGGCACUUGCGGGACAACAACUCGCGAAUCCCAAUUUAUCUGUAUCUGGCUCUAUUCCGAUAGUGCAGGCACCACCACCAUCUUCGCCGAUGACGAAUCAACCACAAACUAACCCAGUGUCUCAACCGCCGCCUGUACAACAAAUUGUACCACAAAACUCAACGUUCAUCACACCUACCUCUCAAUACACGGGAAUGCCCCCGCAAUAUAUGGUGCAAGCAAAUUCCGGCAAUUUGUCCGUGCCUGGAAGCAAUCCCAAUGUUCAGUAUUCGUUGUCAACAAAUCAAUCCAACCCUGCAACACCUACCAAUGGCAAUGGCCAAUUAAGUGCUGGGGUCGACAGUGACAAUUCAAAUGGGGCUUCAAAUCAAACUAGUUACAUUUCGUCUUCGUCACAGGACAACAGUUACACGCUAUCGAGUACUACAGGUGUGCAGAACCCCGGACAGCAAAAUUUCUCAGCUGAUGGUACUCCUUCUCAAACGGCUGGAUUCACACCUGGGAGUCAAUCAGUUAGUCAAAACUAUAACACUACUAACGGAAGCAGUGCCCAAUCCACAAAUUACAAUGUUGGCCAAUCAAACACGUCGCAACCUCCGGCAAGCUUUAACCCUGCGAAUGGAUCGAAUUCACAAACCAACCAAAACUACGGCGGCACAAAUGCACCCAGCUCUCAAAACACAUCUCAAACCAACUUUUCGCCAUCAACCACACCUGGGCCAAGCCAAUCAUAUUCCAAUGCAAAUUUACCCAAUUUGUCCAAUGUGCCAUAUCCACCAAACCAAAAUUCGCAGAACCUGUAUCCUAAUGCCACUGGGCAAAAUUUGGCGGCUUACGCCAAUAACCAAUAUCAGUACAACAGCAGGCCGUGGUUCAGACCUCGAUACGGUUCACCACAAAGCUCACCCUAUGGCAGCGCUGGAGCCGCGCCCUCUAAUGGGCCCCCAAUGCCAGUACCUCCGCCUUCGGGAAAUUACAACUACUGGCAGGACAGUUGAGACUUUGACAGUUUUCUUGAACAUGAAAUUAUCUUGGAAUAAAGUAAACAAAUAUAUUAUUAUAUUAUCUAACACGAAAACCCCUGGAGGAAGUUACAUAAAAAGUAUUUUAGUAGAAAUGGUGUUCCAGUGAUUUAUAAUUCUCGGUCUGUAUAUAUAGAUAGCCGUAAUGACGUAAAUAGAAGGAACAAUAUUUUGUUAAUAAAACCUUUGAGGUGUAUUGUAUAUGUAUGUGACUGACAUUUACUAAGAACAAAAUGAAUGAACAUUUUGGAAUGUUGUAUUACGCUGAUAUAAAUUUAUGUUUUCUUGUGUAGAAUUUCUGUUAAUAACAAUUAUGGAUAUUGUAAGAUUAAAGUAAGAAAGACUGCUGAAUAAUAUAGAUAUAUUACAUUUAUAAAAUGUAUAAAGAAAUGUUUACAAAAAUGUCUAUCACCG